UUCUCCAUCAGUCUUUCCAGAGAUCAUUACGUGCUGAGCUGCAACUAUGUCAGCCUUCUCGUAACUUUCUGGCCCUACUUUUGAGCUGAUUUCAACGGUCUCUCGGUUAAUCUGAUGGUGUAAUGCUGGCCAUCCCUUUGCAUAAUAAACGAGCAGCUGUUUGGUAUCUGUCCAUCGUUACAAUGACAGCGUUGGCGAGAAAGGUCGGGAUUACUGUACGAAGUUGUCUUCCAAAGAACACAUGUAGUAUUUCUACUACUCGAGUAUUUCUGGAUCUGGUUGGAAUAACAAGGCCUCCGGUAAACGUACAGUGCGCCAAAAGGAACACUUCUACCACGACUUUAGAGCACUGGACUGAUAUAAGCAUUAAAGAGCUGAGAGCAAUGCUGACAGCGCAUAAUAUUCAGUUGUUUGAUGUCAGAGAACCCUAUGAACUGAUGGAGACAGGCAAGAUUGCUUGUGCUACAAACAUCCCACUGAGAAAAGUUCCUGAGGCCUUUACAAUGGAUCCUGAAGAAUUUGAAGAGGAAUACAAUGUUAAAAAGCCUGAAAAAAAUGAUGCCAAUAUUGUGUUUCACUGCUUGGCUGGAAUAAGGAGUAGGGCGGCAAUGGAUGCAGUUCAUCAAAUUGGCUACUCAAAGGCAAGGCAUUACCCUGGAGGUUAUAUGGAGUGGACAUCGCAAGUUGAUAACUCAGAAAAAUCCAAUGGCUGAACUCAGAAGAAGGAUUUCCAUUUGUUUAAUUUAUUUAACACUGGUUCCUGAUUGACAUUAGUGGUGCAUUAGCAUGAGUGAAUUAAAACUUCUAAAAUUUUUUUCUGAUUAAAAUCAUCUGUUUUGUUGUUGUAUUACCCAUUGUUUUUGGUCAAUAAGGCAGAGGAAAUUACAUAUCUCUUGUCAUUAAAAGGGGCUGUGACCAAGAAAAAUACAAUUGAGAAAGGGAAA